AACACACGCGGCCGGCUUUUGUUUUGGAUUUCGUUUCGAUUUGGCGUUAAACUGAUAAAAUGGACAGCAGCAACGCAAUUGUAAUGCCUGGAGAGCGCAUCACGAUCAUAGAAGAGGUGGCGAAGGAGAAGCGUGUUAUAUUGGGACCAGGACUGCGGCGAUUGGACGAUACGGUGGUGGCCAGCAAAGCGGGUCCUCUGCGCCACAAGGAGCCUGGAACCUACUGGAUUGACAACUACCAGAGACGCUAUGUGCCCGCUCGCGGAGAUCUGGUUCUGGGCAUCAUCAAGGGGAAGGCUGGGGACCAGUAUCGCGUGGACAUUGGCUCGGCGGACAUUGCAUCCAUUUCGUAUCUGGCCUUCGAGGCGGCUACCAAGAAGAACCGGCCCGACCUCAAUCCGGGAGAUAUCAUCUACGCCCGUGUGCUCAACGCCAGUGCGGACAUCGAGCCGGAGCUGGUGUGCGUCAACUCGAAUGGAAAGCGCGGCAAACUUGGUCUGCUGGCCGAUGGCUUCUUCUUCAAAUGCACCCUCAACUUGGGACGCCUGCUGCUCCGGGAGAACUGUCCCGCAUUGGCCGCCCUUACCCGUGAACUGCCCUACGAGAUCGCCAUCGGCGUCAACGGACGGAUCUGGGUGAAGGCUAAUUCCCUGCGCGAGACAAUGGCUCUGUCGAAUGCCAUCCUGACGAUGGAGCAGGCCGGCUACACGGAGAUCGACAAAAUCUGCGACAGUCUGGGCGAUGUGCUGCAGGCCUAGUCCGUACAAAUAAAAUUAGUUUACUUACAUUUCCACAAAA